UGUCUGUCUACUCCCUCUCUUCUUCGAGUUCCCGCAAGCAGAUGUGACAGUGACGUGUCAGUCUUGUCCUAGAAAAGAAGGCUGUCAGUCUUGAAUGGAUCCGUCGCUGUAGAAAUCCUGAAUGCUAAAACAUCCACCCAGACUCAUGCCACCUCUUGUCACCAUGAAGAUUGUACUUCAUGCCAAGUAUUUUCAGCACUCAGCCAUCGCGGUUUCUAUUAGAACGUUAUAUAAAGAUUAUAGAACAAUGGCCCCUCAGAAUUUCUCCAAUUAUGAAUCCAUGAAACAGGACUUCACACUGGAGAUCCCAGAAUAUUUCAACUUUGCCAAAGAUGUCCUGGAUCAAUGGACCAAGAUAGAAAAGGCUGGCAAGAGACCUUCUCAUCCAGCCUUCUGGUGGAUAGAUGGGCAUGGAGAAGAGGUGAGAUGGAGUUUUGAGGAACUGGGAUCUCUGUCCAGGAAAUUUGCCAAUAUUCUUACAGAAGCCUGUGCCCUGCAAAGGGGAGAUCGAGUAAUUACAAUCCUGCCCAGGAUCCCAGAGUGGUGGCUUGCAAAUAUGGCCUGUCUCCGAACAGGGACAGUUUUAAUUACGGGAACCACUCAAUUGACGCAAAGAGACAUCCUCUACAGGUUACAGUCAUCCAAAGCCAAGUGCAUUAUUACCAAUGACGUUUUAGCACCAGCUGUCGAUGCUAUUGCACCUAAAUGUGAACAUCUGCACUCCAAGCUCAUUGUCUCUCGAAACCCCAGAGAAGGAUGGAGAAACCUCAAGGAGAUGAUGAAACAUGUCAGUGAUAAACACACCUGUGUGAAGACAAAGCACAAUGAGCCAAUGGCCAUUUACUUUACCAGUGGAACCAGUGGAUCUCCUAAGAUGACCGAACACACCCACGGCAGUUUUGGUAUAGGGUUAUCUGUAAAUGGAAGGUUCUGGCUGGACUUGACACCCUCCGAUGUGAUGUGGAAUACCUCAGACACAGGCUGGGCAAAGUCUGCCUGGAGUAGUGUCUUUUCUCCAUGGAUCCAGGGAGCAUGUGUAUUUGCACAUUAUUUGCCACGCUUUGAGCCAACUUCUAUUGUGCAAACUCUCUCCAAGUUUCCCAUCACUGUCUUUUGUUCGGCUCCAACUGCAUACCGAAUGCUUGUUCAGGAUGAUUUGACUAGAAACUGUAAGUUCAAAAGCUUAAAGCACUGUGUGAGCGCUGGAGAGCCAAUCAACCCUGAAGUGACUGAACAAUGGAAAAGCAGGACAGGCCUGGAUAUCUAUGAAGGAUAUGGACAGACUGAAACGGUGCUGGUCUGUGGAAAUUUUAAGGGAAUGAAAAUUAAACCUGGCUCAAUGGGAAAGCCUUCUCCUGCUUUUGAUGUUAAGAUUUUAGAUGUAAAUGGCAAUGUUCUACCUCCUGGACAAGAAGGAGAUAUUGGGAUUCAAGUUCUACCUCAACGACCACUUGGCCUUUUCACUCGAUAUGUAGAUAAUCCUUCAAAAACAGCUUCAACUCUACGAGGCAAUUUCUACAUCACCGGAGACAGGGCUUAUAUGGAUGAAGAUGGUUAUUUCUGGUUCGUUGCAAGAUCAGAUGAUGUCAUAUUAUCCUCUGGCUACCGAAUCGGGCCGUUUGAAGUAGAAAGUGCGCUGAUUGAGCACCCUGCGGUUGUGGAAUCAGCUGUUGUCAGCAGUCCAGAUGCCAUCAGAGGAGAGGUAGUAAAAGCUUUUAUUGUUCUGAAUGCUGAUUACAAGUCAUGUGACCAAGAGCAAUUAAAAAAGGAGAUUCAGGAGCAUGUAAAGAAGAUGACGGCACCUUACAAAUAUCCCAGAAAGGUAGAAUUUAUUCAAGAGCUGCCAAAGACCGUCAGUGGGAAGAUAAAAAGAAAUGAACUGAGAAAAAAAGAGUGGGGAGGAACUUAAAUUCAUACAUUCCAUUAAUUACCGCAGUGCCUCUACGCCAAAGAUUCUGUAAUAUCCACAAGAUUAUGGAGAAAUGAUAAAAAAUUGCAGUAUGCUUAUAUCACUGAUUUAAAAUAUCUUAUGGUUAUGACAUCGAGAAUGGAUUUUGAAAUACAACAAUCUGUAAAGAU